UCCUUUUUAGUCUGUCCCAAAAGAUUGACACCUUUCUAUAUUUAGAAAGCAAUUUAACUUUAUGCGAUGAUUUACAGCCACACAAAUAUGUAAGACUUGUUUUGGAUUACACAUUUCAAAAGUCUUCUUUUGUCUCUUAAACUUUAUGUCAAGUCAAACUAAAACAAUCUCUUUGGAAAGGAGGGAGCACAUAAGUUGGGACAGAGGGAGUAAUAUUUUCUAUAAGGGAAUGCAAAAUUAACUAAAAUCAUUAGGCAGGUAAUGUAGAAUCAUGACUCCAUUGCAGUACCACUCCCACCAAUUAUCCGCAGAUAUUAAAAUCAUCAAAGUAGCAGACUAUACCAAAAGUAUGUAGUACGAGAGUGGAAAUGGAGAUGGACUGAAAAUUCUCAAAGUAAAGCUUCUUGUAAUCUGUGGCUUCAAACCGUCGUGUGGUCUGCUGGGAGAUUGAGUAAACAGAUAGUGAAAUAAAGGAAAGUAGGAAAGCUAAAAAUGAGAAGUGAAAAAGGGUCAAAUUUGUUGUACAAUUCUAAAUUGAGUGGCUUAAUUUUACAUUAAGCUUUUGGUCUUUUUUUUUUUUUUUUGAUUUAGAAAAAAUAAAUCAUUUUUGCCCCUCUGAAGAAUUGAAGACCAACCCAUUUGAAGGGCAAAUACUAAAGACCAGCCCAUUUGACGGGCAAGCUGUGCAAUUUCUUCUAUUCCAAAAUAUGAAUUUAAGAGUAAAGUUGAACAUGUGAUCCUCCAUAUUUAUAUCAUUUUCAAAUUGAAGGACCUACACAGUCCUUUUGUGGUUUACUGUCACAUGGAAGUCAUACUAAUUAACUUUGCCCAACUUCCAUGGCAAUUUCUUCUCCUAUUUUAAGAGGUAUACUGCUAAGUUAGAGGACCAGUAAAUAAAAAGGCUUAGGCAUCAAAGGCAUCAUUGAUGGAAGCUAGUCUCCUUCUACUUUUCCUACUGUCUUUCUACUCUUCUAUACCCAAGAUUUCUACUACAACAGAUGUAAUCACUACUAAUCUAUUCAUCACAGAUGGUGAAACUGUUGUUUCAUCUGGUAGAACCUUUGAGCUGGGAUUUUUCAGCCCUAGCGGUUCCUCAAAACGAUAUAUUGGGAUAUGGUACAAGCAAAUUCUUCCUUAUGUGCAAACAGUUGUAUGGGUUGCCAACAGAGAAAAACCACUCAUGAAUACAUCGUCUGCUGUUUUGAAGGUCACCAAACCAGGGAAACUUGUUCUUUUUAGUGACAAGAAUGAAAUUAUAUGGUCCACUAACACCUCACGAUCAGUCCAAAGUCCAGUAGCACAACUUCUGGAUUCAGGUAAUCUUGUCGUGAGAGAUGCAAAUGAUCGAAAUCCAGAAAAUUCCCUUUGGCAGAGCUUCAAUUUUCCAACUGAUACGUUCUUGCCUGAUAUGAAGAUUGCAAAAAAUUUUAGAACUGGUCAUGAGGUAUACCUUUCAGCUUGGAAGAACGAUAACAAUCCAACUCCCGGGGAAUUUACUGUCCACAUUGAUCCUACUGGAUAUCCACAGGCCCUAAUCAGACGUGGCACAGGGGUAUCAUCACGAUCAGGACCAUGGAAUGGUUUACGGUGGAAUGGAGCCCCCGCACCACUACAAAUACAAAGCAGCAUAUAUACAUUUCAAUUUGUUUUCAAUAAGGAGGAGGUUUACUAUAGAUAUUCUUCGAUUAACAGCUCGGUGUUAUCAAGGCUAGUCCUGACUAACAAUGGUUAUAUUCAGCGUUACACAUGGGAGGAUCGAACCAAGACUUGGCUUCUUUACUUCAACAUUCCUCAGGAUACUUGUGAUACAUAUAACUUAUGUGGUGCCUAUGGGAGCUGUGUCAUAGAUGGUUCCCCUUUAUGUAGAUGUUUGGAAAAAUUUGUACCUAAAUAUCCCCAGAAGUGGGAAAAGGCAGAUUGGUCAGAAGGGUGUGUUCGGAGGAAACCAUAUCAUUGCACCAAGGAACAUGUAUUUCUUAGAUAUUCUGGAAUCAAGUUACCGGAUACUAACCACUCUCAGUACGAUAAAACCAUGACACUUGAAGGGUGUAGGCAAGUAUGCUCAAGGAACUGCUCUUGCACAGCUUAUUCGAGCCUAGAUAUAAGCAAUGGAGAGAGAGGUUGCUUGUUUUGGUCUGGGGAGUUAAUUGAUAUGAAAAAGCUCACUGGAACAGGACAAGACAUUUAUAUCAGGGUGGAUUCUUCAGAGCUAGUAUCGGAGGCAGGUUCAAACAGAAAGAAGGCAGAGAUACUCGCGGUGAGUUUCUCGUUGUUGAUGGCAAUGAUUCUGCUAGGACUGAUAUUGUUUUUGUACAUAUGGAAAAAGAAGAGGAAACUAAAACUCCAAGACAAAUUUGAGCUGCCAAUGUUCCAAUUGUCAACAGUAACAAGAGCCACAAAUAACUUUUCGGUCAACAACAAAAUUGGAGAGGGUGGAUUUGGACCUGUUUAUAAGGGUGUACUGGAAGAGGGACAAGAAAUUGCCGUGAAGAGACUCUCGAGGACAUCAAUUCAAGGACUUGAUGAAUUCAAGAACGAAGUUAUCUAUAUUGCCAAGCUUCAACAUCGAAAUCUUGUGAGACUUCUCGGUUGCUGCAUUCAAGGGGAAGAAAAGAUGUUGAUCUAUGAAUACAUGCCUAACAAAAGCCUGGAUUCAUACAUAUUUGAUAAAACAAAGAGCAAAUUACUUGAUUGGCCAAAACGUUUUGACAUCAUAAACGAAAUUGCUCGUGGCUUAUUAUAUCUUCAUCAAGAUUCUCGACUACGGAUUAUCCAUAGAGACCUUAAAGCAAGCAAUGUUUUGCUAGAUACAGAUAUGAAUCCUAAGAUAUCAGAUUUUGGCUUGGCUAGAAGUGUUGCAGGGAAUGAGAUGGGAGCAAAAACAAGAAAUGUGGUUGGUACACAUGGCUACAUGUCCCCAGAAUAUGCAGUGGAUGGGAUUUUCUCGGUAAAAUCAGAUGUAUUUAGCUUUGGUGUCUUGUUGUUAGAGAUUGUGAGUAGCAAGAGAAAUAGAGGAUUUGUUCAUCAAGAUCACUGCCUUAACCUUCUCGGACACGUAGGCACUCACUCAAUAUUUAACGAUAGGUCCUUGGAACUAAUUGACGAGCAUCUAGCGACUGAUUCUUGUCAUAUAUCUCAAAUUUUAAGGUCAAUCGAAGUGGGGCUAUUAUGCGUGCAAAAAUGCCCAGAAGAUAGGCCAAACAUGUCUUAUGUGGUUCAGAUGUUGGGUAAUGAAAAUCUACUGCCAGAAGCUAAAGAACCAGGGUUUUUCACCGAAAGAAAGAGACUAAUCAAAAGGGUUAGACCUCAGGGCAUCAUAUCAAUGAAAGCCAGUUUCUUCCUACUUUUCCUGCUGGCUUUCUGCUCUUCUAUACACAAGAUUUUACCUACUACAAAAACAGACUUAAUCACUACAAAUCAAUUGAUUAAAGAUGGUGAAACUAUUGUUUCAUCCUGUGGAACUUUUGAGCUGGGAUUUUUCAGCCCCAGCGGUUCCUCAAAUCGAUAUAUUGGGAUAUGGUACAAGCAAAUUCUUCCUUAUGUGCAAACAGUUGUAUGGGUUGCCAAUAGAGAAAAACCACUCACAAAUACAUCUUCUGCUGUUUUGAAGGUCAGCAAGCCAGGAACACUUGCUCUACUCAAUGACAAGAAUGAAACUAUAUGGUCCACUAACACCUCAAGAUCAGUCCAAAAUCCAGUUGCAAUGCUUUUAGAUACUAGUAAUCUUGUUGUAAAAGAUGCAAAGGAUGACUACCCAGAAGAUUUCCUCUGGCAGAGCUUCCAUUUUCCAACUGAUACGCACAUGCCAGGUAUGAAGCUUGGCAAGAAUUUUAAAACUGGACAUGAGGUUUACCUUUCAGCAUGGAAGAACAAUAAUGAUCCAGCUCCAGGCGAAUUCACUCGUAACAUUGAUCCUACUGGAUAUCCACAGGCCCUCACCAAACGUGGCACAAGUGUAUUGGCUCGUAUAGGACCAUGGAAUGGUUUACGAUUUAGUGGGUCACCUAUACCACUACUAGAAUGCUGCCAUUUUCACUUUAUUUUCAACAAAGAGGAGGUUUACUAUAGCUUUUCACUCAUUAACAGCUCGGUUUUAACAAGACUAGUCCUGACGAGCAACGGUGAUAUACAACGUUUGACGUGGGUGGAUCGGACAAAGAGAUGGAAUAUUUACUACAAUUUACCAGCGGAUAACUGUGAUACAUAUAGCUUAUGUGGUGCCUAUGGGAGCUGUGAUAUAGAUAAUACACCUACUUGUGGAUGUUUGGAGAAGUUUAUAGCUAAAUAUCCACAACAAUGGGAAAAGGGAGAUUGGUCAGAAGGGUGUGUUCGGAGGACACCUUUAGAUUGCAACAAGGAACAUGUAUUUCGAAAAUAUUCUGGAAUCAAGUUGCCGGAUACUAAGCACUCUCAGUACGAUAAAACCAUGACACUUGAAGGUUGCAGGCAAGUAUGCUCAAGGAACUGCUCCUGCACAGCUUAUUCAAGUCUCGAUGUAAGCAAUGGAGACAAAGGUUGCUUAUUUUGGUUUGGGGAAUUGAUUGACAUCAGAAAGCUGCCUGAAAGAGGACAAGACAUUUACAUCAGGAUGGAUUCUUCAGAGCAAGAAUCUGAGGCAGGUUCAAAAAUAAAGAAGGAAAAGAUACUCGCAGUGAGUUUCUCAUUGUUAAUGGCAAUGAUUCUGCUAAGCCUGAUUAUGUUGUUGUACAAACGGAAAAGGAAGAAACUGAAACUCAAAGAAGAUUCUGAGCUGCCAGUAUUCCAAUUGUCGACAAUAACAAGAGCCACAAAUAACUUUUCAGAGAGCAACAAGAUCGGAGAGGGUGGAUUUGGACCAGUUUACAAGGGAGUGCUGGAAGAGGGACAAGAAAUUGCCGUAAAGAGACUGUCAAGGACUUCCAUGCAAGGACUUGAUGAAUACAAGAACGAAGUUAUCUAUAUUGCCAAGCUUCAGCAUCGAAAUCUUGUGAGACUUCUGGGCUGCUGCAUCCAAGGGGAAGAAAAGAUGUUGAUCUAUGAAUACAUGCCUAACAAAAGCCUGAAUUCAUACAUAUUUGAUAAAACAAAGAGCAGAUUACUUGAUUGGCCAAAGUGUUUCGACAUCAUAAAUGGAAUUGCUCGUGGCUUAUUAUAUCUUCAUCAAGAUUCUCGACUACGAAUUAUCCAUAGAGACCUUAAAGCAAGCAACAUUUUGCUAGAUACAGAUAUGAAUCCUAAGAUAUCAGAUUUUGGCUUAGCCAAAAGUGUUGCAGGAAAUGAGAUGGGAGCAAAAACACGCAAUGUGGUUGGGACACAUGGCUACAUGUCCCCAGAAUAUGCAAUAGAUGGGAUCUUCUCGGUAAAAUCAGAUGUGUUUAGCUUUGGUGUCUUGGUGUUAGAGAUUGUGAGUUGCAAGAGAAAUAGAGGAUUUUUCCAUCAAGAUCACAACCUCAACCUUCUUGGUCAUGCAUGGAAGCUUUACAAAGAAGACAGGUCCUUGGAACUAAUUGAUGAGCACCUUGCUGAUUCUUGCGAUAUUUCUCAAGUUUUAAGGUCAAUCCAAGUGGGUUUAUUAUGUGUGCAACAACAUCCAGAUGAUAGACCAAGCAUGUCUUCUGUAGUUCUGAUGUUGACUAAUGAGAGUCUACUUCCGAAAGCUAAAGAACCAGGUUUUUUCACAGAAAGAAACAUAUUUGCUGAAGCAAAAUCAGGAUCGCAGGCUAGUUCAAAAAAUGAAGUCACAAUCACAUUGUUAGAUCCUCGGUAGAGUGUGACAAGAUAAGUCACAACCAACAAGGCAUGGGAGCUUAUAAAGUAGAUAGGUCCUUGGAACUAAUUGAUAAGCAGCCAGCUGAUUCUUGCCAUAUUUCUCAAGCUUGAAGUCAAUCCAAGUGGGUUUAAUAUGAGUGCAAAGGGACCUGAAGAUACACCAAACAUUUUGUUCUGUGGUUCAGAUGUUGGGUAAUGAGAAUCUACUGCCAGAAGGUAAAGAAUCAGGGGUUUUUACCAAAGAAAGGUACUUGAUGCAGAAAACUCGGAACCACAGACAGGAAGUUCAAAAAAUGUAGUCACAAUCACAUUGUUAGAUCCUCGGUAGAGUGCAAACAAGAUAACUUUUUUGACUUGUGUGCACAUGAACAUUAGUUUUAGAAAUAACUUAGAACUUUGAUUCUUGAAUAAUACAACAAUAUCUUAAUUAAACAGCAA